AUGAGAUCCACUUAUGGUCUUACGGGUGACCUCAUCUACCAAGAAUUAUCAUGCAAGAUUGACAACCAAAUGAACAUGCAAACCCAAAAGGGUGCUCAAAAGAUACUGCAGAAAAAACGAAGACAAGAGAAGAUUAUCAAUGGAAUUAUACAAUUUGAUGAUGAUUCUGCUUCUGAUGAUGAUAAUGAUCUGGUAACGAAGCUAGAUGUGGUGAACAGUCUGGAAGUGCAGGAGGCUGAAGCUGAUGGCGUGUUGUUUGUAACUGUUGUGGUUGCUGUUGUAGUAGUGAUAAGGGACAGAAAGUACGAUGGGGCUCUAUGUUUCUUUUAUUUUAAAGAAUAA